AUGUCAGUUCAAGACUCGACAUCCGUUCUUCUUGAUUUAUUUUACUAUGUUGGCCUAGGGUACAAAGCAGGUACCUUUGGGCAUUUCAACCUAAACUCUAGCUUUGUGGAUGAGAAUUUCCUACGAGCGCUUUACUCGUUUAUUCAGCAACUAAACUAUGGACAUCCACAGUUUGAAAUGGAGGAGUCCGUAAAUCUCAAAAGUUUGGACUACAUUUUCUUUAUAAAUAAAUUUUUGAUUUCUCGUCUAUCUCCAAUCUAUAUUUGUCGUGUUAAAGAAUUCGAUGCAGGCUUGAAUGUCGUACUAUUAGCCUGGUGUUUAACUGACAGUAAUAUCGCAUACAUGCCAGAACGUGCUCUUCCUAGUUUUCUUUUUGAUCCUCCUGAAGAAGAUGUUGCAUUACCUCAAAAUUUGUGUAAACCAGUCAGGAAUUUGAAAAUGUCACUCUUAAAUAUAUCCGGAGUCAUAUCUGCUAUUUCUAUCAAGGAAGCCGAGGUAUACUCUCUCUUUAAAACAUUGAUGAUGCAAAAUCGUCGUUUUUUUGAUGAGAAAUUUUCGCAAUUAACUGUCCCCAUGCAGCGGAAUAUUACUGUAUCAGAGUUAAUUUACAUUUUCGACAAUCACAAAUAUUCAAGAACUGCAGCUGUAAAGAAAGCUAAGCAACUUCUUGACCUUCUCUCUAAAUGGAAUCGGAAUUCUGCGGCCUUCUACCGACUGCUGAGACUCUCCUCCGAGUUUUCUUGCGAAACCAACUCUACUUCGACUCUUUCGAAUGAUAGUUUGAUCGAUUCCUAUGGUGAUCUUGAAGACUUUCGUUCGAUUCUUGUGCAGUGCGCUCCGAAUUUAGAUUCUGUAACAACUGCAGCAUUUAACAGGAGCCAUUCAACGUUGCAUGAAGAAUUCAAACGGCGUCUUGAUUUCGUAGCUGACCGCAUGAAUCCUGAAUUACUCCAACUUGCAUCAUACUUGGCUCAACACGACGUUGCCUUCAAUAACCUUCCCCAGUAUCCAACUGAGGACUCUGGGGACCAAGACACAGAUUCCAUCAACGUGCACGCUGAGGCAGAACCGAAAAUCAAGCCAAAAAACCGUAGAGGAAUGGCAAAUCCACUUCCCAGAACUUAUUCUCCACCUGUCAGGAACAUAAACUUUGCUUAUUCCCGGCACAAACCUCUCCAUGCUCCAACAGAACGCCAGCUAAAUGCUGCGAAAGCAUCACAUUUGAGGCAGCUCAUAAACAAGUCGAAAGCUGCUUUGCUAAACUUAGAUUCGGAGAUAUCGGCGAAGAGAUUUGACUUCAAUUUGCAAAUGCUGCCCACUGGAAGUGGGGUGUCUGUACGUUACCAUCUUCCAAGGAGGAGAACUGUUAGACCCAGUGGAGUUCUGAAGCCAUGCGUCAGAAUCCUCGGUGAAAAAAGAGCUUGGAAGGAGAAACGAUCUGCGUUGAAGCGUUGGACAACCGACCGCUCUAUAAUGUCUGGAACUCACGACACAAAUCUUCUCUCGUCGUACCUGAAACGCCUCGCACUAGGCGGCAACUUCGAGGGUCAGGUUGACGGUUUGCAAAGAUCAUAUCGGUCUCCGUCCUUCAAAUCAGGUCGAGUAUCGGGAGAAAAUUUUUUCAGCGAUUCUAUUGAAAAUUUCAUAAGAAAUCACUCGAAGCAGAAGGUGCUCUCCCAAAAUCCAACGCCAAUGGCCACAGAAGUUGAACUAAAUUAUCACAAUUCUCCGAAAUCAUGUCAUUUCGAGAACCUCCCAAGGAAGCAGAGCAGUCCAAUGGUUAAAAUUCCGCUACCAGGAAAGCGUCUGAAAACUUCCACUUACCAGACGCUUCGAUUGCCAGUUGAGCAGUAUCGACAGUUGCUGACACAGAGCAAGACUGUAGAGAUCCUACACGAGGAGCGCUGGAAAGGAAUUGCUUUUCCAUCUAACACUACUUCCCUUUCGAGCCUCUGCGACUGGCUGGUUGUAGAGAUCGUGGACUCCUGUGUAGAGGCGAUCGCCAAUCUAGUUGAUUGCUUGUCCAACGAUAUUAUUGAUGAACUUUUUCGUCACGAACUAGUUACCACUUCUUCUUCACCCUGGGAAAGUUUCAGUGGUCUUGCAGGGUCGCCGCAACCUCGAUCGAUUCCCAGUUUGCAGUCUUUGAUCACGUCUGUCCCCUCUAAAGUACCUGUCAAACUGGAUCAACAGAAGAUAACCUCUGGCGAGUAUGUUCUAAAUCAAGAUUCAGAGGAGAGGAAAAACUCUACACUAAAAUAUGGAGAUCAUUUCACGAUAGAAUCCACAGGAGUUGCAUACGCACAAACAUCAGAAGAGAACCGUAUUGUAACGCAGGAGGCUUGUACAUCGCUCCAACUACCUGCCCAUCAGCCCCAAAAGGCACUCAGUCCCAUCGAAGAGGUAUCCACAGUAUCGUUCCCGCCUAAUAAAGCUAACCUAAACCAGUCGGGAGCUUGUGACAGCGCUAAUAAGCAGUGUUUUAAUGGUAGCUUCUCCGCGUACACAGUUUGGAGUACAUUAGAAAGUACUUGCAUAAAUUCACGUUUUCGAAAGAGCAGCAAUGUUGCGACAUCGUCUCCGGAUCUGCACGUAUCCGAUGAGGAAGUGAUUGAGAAAAACGUUACCACUCAUUAUUCCACCGGAGAUUCUCCACGAAAAAAAAAGGAAAGCCUUAGUAUUUUAGAUGCUCAAGGUCAAACAAGUAGGUCGGCUAAGAAAAUCACAAUCACUUCCCCAGAUGCAAGGAAAUCGCCUGACAUUUCAACAAGCAGUUCUAUCAAAACCUCCUCUAUUUCGAGGAAACUUUUUAAACUCAGUGGAGGUCUGAGUAAGAAGAGCAGCUCUGUCCGCAUAGAUGUUGAUCAUGCCGACUCAUUAGCAGACGCGGAGGUCUUGGCCCCAAUAAUGACUAAUGAGGAAGUACUUUCCAACAAACGCCGAAAAAGCCCAAAUCCAGCUCUAGAGUCAACUAGUAGUUUGAAGGAAUUUUCGAUCGAGCUACAGAGCAAAUGCGACCGCGUACCUACAAGUAAUAGCCAGGAAGGCUGGGUGUUUCCUCAAAAAUUAAGUGAAUCGCAAAGGCCUCAGGACGAUUGCUCUGUCACGCUGCCCAUCACGUCGGAAGGUCUCUCAUCUCCCAAAUCUGUAAAACUCUACAAAAUGCCACGAUCGCUUGACUUGCUCUCCCCACUCACUGACACUUCAGUUCCAGAUAUUUGUACUCCUGAUGUCGAAAUAUCAACGAAAUGUGAAACCCUCCAAGUGAAAACCUUGUCUGUAGGCAAUAUAACCACCUCCGAGGUUGAGAACUGUGCCAACUACGAGGACGAUUUUGAAUCAUCUGAAGACUUAAACCAAGAUGAAAAACCCGUGGGAUAA